AUGCCCAUAUUUCGUCCCAAGCAUCAGAAAUUGAUCUUACAAUGUUAUCCACCAGGCAAAGGUGUUGACAAGAAACCAAAUCCAUCGGAACUAAGUUAUUUAUUAUAUUAUGCAUCUACUCGUCGGGUUAAGUUAGAAAAAGUAGUUACAUUUUUAGAUCGUAAGACUACGUCAGAUGUUAAGCAUAAUAGAGCAGGUAAUCUUCAAGUGACAUUGACUAUUAUAUCAUCCUUGAUAGAGGAAUGUUCAGAAAAUUUGAACGUGUUUGCUUCAUUUGUGUGCUCCAUUUUGAAGUCCGUUCUUCAAAGUAAAGAUUUGUCUUUGUGCAAACAUGCUAUCCAGACAUACGGUGUUUUAUGUUCUAAGCUAGAUGGUGGAUUAUUUUCGGGAGAUAAAGAAUUCGUUGAUUCAUUCGGUAGCUUGUCACAAAGCUUAAUAAAUAUUGGUAAGGAAAACCUGAAAAAGCAAGGUCCUAACAAUUUGGAAUGGCAAAUGAUAUCACUUAUGACUUGUAGAUAUCUUUCAAACUGUUUGGGAUAUAAUAACAAAUUCAGUAAAAAGUUUAUUGAAAUUUGUAUUCCUAUAUUAACUGAUACCGUGCAUGCAAACAACAAGCAAUCGAAUUUAUUGGCUAUUUUGAAAAGCAAUGUAAACAUCGAAGAUGAAAGUCAUCACCUCGGAAGAAUUUCUCUGACCAAGACCAAUCAAACAAAUAGAAAAGUCCAACAAGAUUUGGAUAAUGAUGCAGUACAAGAAAGUAACCUUAAUGAAGAAGCAUUGCGAGGCUUGAAGUCACUAUUCAGUACGUCAUUAACUAGUCAGAUUUCUGAAGCUACAAGAGCUAUUGUCAAAAAUAAUUAUGCAACAACAAUAGACCCUGUGUGGGGAUGCACAUUUUUAGAAAUGUGUACAACUUGGAUACCUGUUCAAUUGAGAUUCAUUACAUUAUCGACAGUUUUGUCAAGCUUGACCUCGUUAUCAAAUAAAUCUACUAAGCAAAGUUCAAAUUAUGCUAUACAAUUAUCAUAUGCGAAUUAUUGUUUGGGAUUGGUAUCAUCGGAUGUUAAUAUGAUAGGUUUAUCAAUUUCAGAUGUAAUUCAACAAAUUUUAUACUUGCAAGCUAACUUAUUAUUAUCUCAAUCUCACUAUUUCCAAGAGGAUGAUGUUAAGAAAUUAUCCAUGAUAUAUUCCAAUUGUGUUUGCAAUUUAUCAACACACAUAUAUUACUUUGAUCAAGUGCCUGAUUCCAUCAGGGAAAUUUUGAUCAAAAUUGUAUCUGUUCUAGAAAAUUCAGUUAUUUCAGGCAAAACUGAUACUGAUGGAGUAUACAGAUUUAUCAUUACGUUACUUGAAGAUAUUUCUAUUAUUUUUGAUUUACUUAAAAAGAAGCCUAGUAAUAUCAGUAGAAAUCAUGUUAACUUGGAGGACUGGGACCUCAGUUUAAUCUUAUUAUCGUCCGAGAUGGGACUCGAUCCAAAUAAGGAUCAGAAAUCUUUGUUUUCUUAUGAACAAGUUACUUAUAUCCAAUUCAAAUAUUUGCUGGUUUUUGAGUACUUUUUAAAUAAUGAACUAGUUGCCAAAGAUGAAAACAUGGAAACAGGUGCAAUUAAUAGUAUUGAGAGCUUCAAUGUCGGUGGAGACUACUUACAACCUGAUUAUAGCAAUUAUAUUAGUGACCCAGGUAAUUUUAUUUCCCAUUUCUUGAGUUAUGUUGAUAAGUUUUUUUCUGGGAACUCUAUGGUUGAUGUUAAUAAUGCAAGGAUCCUUGAGAAAUUAUUAAAGGAUAUGAUAUCAAUCUUAGGUAUAAACUUUAUCAAUAACUUUGUUCCAUUUUUCUUCUAUUGGCAAUUACCACUUAAUCCAAAUUUAGUAGAUGAGAAUACAAGAGUAAAAGAUACAUUGGGAUACACGAUAAUAUAUCAUUGUCUUAUAAAAAUGGAUGAAAUAUAUGAACUAAACUAUGUUAAAGAUACUGAGUUUUUCAACAGUUUGUUAGGAGACAUUAAUUACAGAAAAUUGAACAAGCUUUGGAUUAAUGGACUCCAAUCUGAAGAAGAAGAUGCCGUUUUAGACAAUCACCAUGCGCUUGGACACAGAGAUGAAAGUGGUACCUUGAAGUUUAAUCCAACGAGAAAGAAUUUGGAAGACUUUGUAAUCGGCAAUGCAUUCACGUUGUCGUGGAUCAAUCCUCAUAGGGCUCUUAUUUUGGAUGUAAUUAAUGAUAACCUUCCAAAGAAAGCAAAUAAUCAAAAUCUUUUAUCAGAAUCCUCUGAUGAGCCUUCAAUUGUGGAAGAGCUGAGUUAUCAUACGUCGGCAAGACAGAACGGGUUCGGAUUAGGGUUAGGAAAUGCCAAUGACAUUUCAUCGAUCCAUUCAGGUCUAUUGUUUAACCAAAACCACAAUAUCAACAUGAAAAAUGUAUUUUCAAAUGGUAAUGAAACCUCUAAUGGGUCGGUUUACACAUCAGAUAGACAAUACAAUACGCCUCGAGUAUCUGAUUUGAAAGAUAGCAUUCUAAUGAAAAAGAAACCGGGUGUUGUCUUCAACGAAAAUUAUAAUUCAGACACAACUCCGGGGUCUGUAUUGUCAAAGCAGAUGGUUACAUCCGAUAUUGAUUCAAUUCUAGGAGGAUUAGAUAUUGACGAUGAUCCUGAAAUUAUCGUAUAA